AUGCUUACAGGACCAGGACUGCUCGUUGUGAUGUCGGUUUUGGCAUCAGCGAUGCCCGUUGCGAGAAUGCAGACCCCGCGAGAAACGCAAGAUGCGUCGAGUACAGCACAAUGCCUGCACGCUGGCAAUCCGGAUUUCUACGGCCUUGGAAUCCGCCUCGGUAUUUAUUUGCAACUUCUUUGCACCAUGGUAGCCAUGUUCCAAUUCGACUCCAAGGCAAAUUCUCUUCUGUUCGAAUACCAUGACACCAACUUGAUUCUUCUUUUCGCCAUCUUUGUUGCCCUUGUCAAAAGUACCCCUGAGCAAACGAUCGAUGCCGUUGAUUCCAUCAUUUUACUGCGGCUUUUGUGGUUGAUUAUCUUUUGCGGAUUCUCUUUGGGUCAUUUCUCCCAUGAGAUCAAAGCCUUUCGUCGAAACAGCAAUUUCAUCACACUGAUCGGCCGUGCGCCGGCUCUUGUCUUCAGGUAUACUGUUAUCGCCAUGAUAAGCGUAUAUAAUGCAUGGUUCUGGUUCCGGGGCCUUGAUGCUUUUCACGCAAGAUCUGUGGAUAACUGUUCUCCAUAUGUCUUCUUUUUCUCCAAACUCGAUGCUCUUGGUGGCCUGCGGGGCUUUUACAAACUCACUUCAAUCUUACUGGCUAUCUUGCCACCAACCUGGAUAUUGGCGUACCUCGCAUUCCUCGUGGCGGCGGGGGCCGUUGUUUCCGUGCUCACCAUUCCUUUACUCAUGAUUGUGUUCCCUGCGUUCAUAGUAUUUGGAGUAACGGCAGCAUUUCUCGAUACCCUAGGCCAACAGACGUCAAGUGCAAAAAGUCAGGACGCAUCAACUUCAACACGGCACGAUAGCAAUGAUCAGAAGCGGGAGAAAGGACGACUGUGGCAGAACCCAUCAAUUACAUAUUUUGUUCCAUGGGCCCAGGCAACCUCCGCAACGACCACGGGGUCACUUUGGGAACUCUUCGCGGGAGUGGUUUCUUGGUGGAAUGCCAUUCGAGGGAGGGAAUUGCACCAGAAAGCCGUUUCGACAAUGGAAACUCAUCCCGAAAGAGUCUCCAUUCGCUAUAAAUUAUAUCUGGGCGCGAUUUUGACCUAUUUUGUGUUGGCUGUUGUGGGCAUUGAACUCACGAUCAUCUGGAAUGCGGUGCAGAGCUCGUAUGACAUUGGAUCCACUGGCCAACUGAUACCAUUCAUACUUGGAGUGCUUGGUGCUGUCAAGGUGAUCAUUCGUUUUCUCAGCGUAGGUCAAACUGUGCCAAUAUGGUGUCAACAAGACUAA